AUGGAAGUACGGCAGGGCGCAAAAACGCCAGUCGCCCUGCUCGCCUGUGGCGCUUUUGAUCCUCCCACCUACGCUCACAUGCGAAUGUUCGGUGAGAAUCAGAAGACCAGACUGAGUAGAACGACAAGGAAACGAUUACAGAACGCGCAAGAGACUUUCUGGAACGGACGAUGAGUUUUCGCGUCGUGGAAGGAAUCAUCAGCCCCUGCGGCGAUUCGGAGCUUCAGUCCGAUGGCGAGGAGAAAAGGACGGCGGCCAGACAUCGGCUGAGGAUGGCCGAAACGGCGGUCCGGCGCAGUUACUGGAUAAGGUACUUUUUUGUUGAUUCUUACAAACUCGGGCAAGGGGAAAGCUUUUCAGAAGCUUUUUUUAAAAAAAGAUCUGCUGUGGGCCCUCUACGGAUAGUUUUGACAUCCUUUAUCGAAAAGAUUCUGGCAAGCACUAAAAAAAAUUUAAAGCGGAUUCAAAAAGGAUCAACUGAGGCUAUGAUAAAAAAAAAAUCAAAAGCAUUUUUCCGUCAUUUUAGGAGCUCCAGAUGAACAUCUUCAGCUUAUUUUUAGGUUCCUUAAAAGAAAAUUUUCGUUUAACUUGCGAAGCCUGAAUUUUUUUCCUUGCUGGGAUUUUUAAAGGAGCAUGGACUACUUCUAUAUAAGGGUCCCGACGGAGAGCCGUAUUUCGUGUAACAGUCUUUCAAGAUUUCGGCGCUUUGGGACGGCCAAGGAUUCUGGAAAUAGCUAUGAAAGAAAGAACUGUUUUAUUUGACAUGGCUGAAUAUCCUUAAAAAUAACUUCAGUUUUCAAAUCUCAUGAGAAAGACGAUUUCACUUUACUGUCGAGAAAUCCCCGAGAACCGACAAAAAACAGAACCUUAAUGUACCCCAUAUAACGCCCCAAAGUCCCAACUUGCGAAGAUUUCUAUUUUUCGAGAAACAAGUAGUCAAAGCCAAACGAAACUAUUGAAAUCUGUUGAAAUAAGCCGUAUUCGGACUUUAGGCCUUUAUGUCUCGGAAACUAGGAAUUCGGGCAGGCUGAGACUCACGGGCUACAUGAAAGAGUAUUCUGGUUGUUUCCAGGAAUAAAAAUUUAUAAAAAAAAAUAUUUGGCCGCCUGGUUUCUUCUUUUUGGGCUACGUAUCGUUUAGAACAAUUUUAGUGAUUACGACUGUCCUAACGAAUUUGUUACAAACGAGUUGAAAGCCCGCCGAGGCUAUUCCCUUUCAAUUUACGAGCGCUUGGAAAAACACGGCGAAAAAAGCCAUCCAUCACUUUUUCUGUUCUAACAUCCGACGUGUAAUGUUUAGACUACACCUGUCUUCGCCGAGCUUUUUCAGUUCAAAUUUUAACCAGAAUAUUUUGAUUUUAUCUAAACUGUGGAGUCGAUUUUUUUUUUUGAAGUAAGAAAACUUUAAAAGAAUGAAAUUCCACUUUUCAGGGCCGGCGAUUGGCAAUGCUCCCAGAAAACAACCACAUCUCCUUUGGCCGUCCUCCAGCACUAUCAGAAGGUUUUUUUCGUCAAUUUUUGGGGGGGUUUCUUCAGCGAAGAAAAAUUUUUUUGUAUUUGUGAACUUUGGAUUUUUAAAAAUAAAUUUUAUCAAAUAUACUUUGAAGGACUGGAUAAGGAUUCCAUAUGACAUCUUAUCGCAAUAGCUUUUUUUAUUUUUUUGAGAUAUUAAUUCUUUGAAAUUCGUUUUUUUAAGGCUAGGACAAUUCUGAAACCAAUGUUUUUUUCCUUUAGAAAACUUUUUUAAAAAUAUUUCCUCAAAAAAACUAAAGUUUUACGCGGAUAAAGACUCAUACUAAAACUGCCUCUCUUGUUAAUUUUUUGUUGAUUUAUUCUUUUUUCUAUGAAAAGAAAAAUCAUUUUAAGGAACUUGAACUGAAGUACGGGUUCUGUGUCCGUGUUCUGUUGCUUUGCGGCAGCGAUAUUUUCGAACAGCUUUCCCGCAACGCAAAGACAACAAACGGCUCUUGGUCCGACACCGAUGUGAGCUAUUUUUCCAUUUUUCUUUCAUACGAUUCGCUUUUGAAUCAACUUAUUGAACUUAUUUAUUUAAAAAAAAAUUAUUAUAUUGUAUAUUCUGGACUUGUUAUAAAGCCUCACUGAUAUGAAGAAUUUCUUCGCAGCGAUUUUUCGAAAAAUUUCAAAGUUAAUGUUUUAUUCCUUUCAAAUUAGUGCGAUUGAACUGGUGAACUAAAAUUAUACUUUCACGUUUUCAUUUAACUUUUCGAUUUCUAUUAAGUUUCAUUAUUUCUGUAAUCGAUUGAUUUUUCAUAAGCUCAUGAGGCUUUUGUUGACUGAAUAUCGUAAUUUUAAACAAAAAAAAAAUGGAGAUUUUGUUUCUUGCACUGCUUCGAACUCAUAAUGAAAGGGAGAGGAUGAACUAUAAACUCUGAAAAAAGAAUAACUUCGGACAAAAGAGCUAACUUCCCAAAGAGAAUCAACGAAAGUUUCAUGUUCUGGCACAGAUAAAAUGUUUGGGCUUUAUAUGGGGAAACUUUCUAGAAUUUUGAAAAAAGUUAACCUCCUUUAUCAAGUUUUGAUAAUAUAUUGGCAUCACACAAAAUUUUUGCGAAUCAGUUUCAAUUAGAGAAAGGAGUGAUUGAAAUAAAAAAAAUUCAAAUUUUGGUACCCCAAAAAGUUUGCCAGAUUACAAGUCCCGGUCGAAAACGGAGUUCUUACUUGUAGGCUCCUGAUAAAAGUUAUUCAGUAAGAAGAUAAAGAGUUUCCGGGCGGGUACGGACAAAAGAGCCCGUAGAAACGAAAGUAGCCGCUCAUCCAUCCUUCCAGAUGCACCUGUCAUGUUUCGUUUUGGCAGGUCGAGUAUCUGCUCAAAAACAACGGACUCGUGGUGUUGCGACGCCGGAAAUAUCACGCCGCUCACGAGAUUUAUCGAACCGACGUCCUGCGCAUCAACCAGGUUCUUUUCCCGAGUGAAGAUUUCUGAUUUGCAACGACUUCUACAGAAAGGCAUCUACGUCAUCGAGGACGAGACCUUUCCCAACGACGUCAGUUCCACAAGAAUCAGGUUUGACUCAUUUCCUAACUAAAUCAGUUUUGAAGAGUUCUUGGCAUAUUUGAAUAAGUUUUUACUCAUCAAGUUGAGGAUGUUAAAUUGCAUCAUUCGGCACACUAAAAAAGUAUUUUUAUCCUGAAAGUGAUUAAGAAAACUUGAAAAAGAGCAAAAAUCAAAAGGAAGAGGGGCUCCUAAAAAGUUUUACGAAGGACGCGGAUAAAAGAGUGAAGAUUUCUAAGCGCUUGUCUUUUAUUUACUCGAUUUUUAAGAAAAUGGGAGCGAAAAUUUUAAUUUAAAUGGCUCAUGGAGCAGUGGUUUGAAAGAAAUUUUAGAUUUUUUUUCAAAUCGGAAUGAAAAAGUUUAAGUAAAGUCGAACAAAAAUUCUUUUUCGAUUUGUUCAGAACUGCGAUUCGACGUGGGGAGUCGGUAAAGUAUUGCCUUGACGACAACGUCAUCGACUACGUCAGUGAGCACGACCUCUACCAACCCAUUUUGUACGUCUUUGCACCUUGCUAGCGUAAAUCAGACGCGCCGCGGACUUCUUGGAGCCUUUCUAGUGUCCACUUUAGUAGCGUAUGCAGUCUUAAGUCAACCCUAGAAAUGCUCAUAAGCGUCCAGAGCUUUGUUACUAUAGUCUGUUCAGAUUUUGAAUGUCAAGUCGCCGCUGAAGCUCCGCCCAUAAUGGUGCAAUAAACCAAUCAGAGAGCGAGCCAUCCACAGAGUGUUUUUGAAUGACGGCAUUGCACUUGACAUUCAAAAUCUGAACAGACUAUAAGAUCCAAGUCUGAUUUAUUCUCGAUGAGCGAAUUUAGUCACUUUUCAACCGGUAACUUUUCUGCUUUGUUCAUAUUGACAGAUACUUUAUCAUUUUUUUAAAAGUGUUUUUUUCCUCAUUGUUUUACUGUUUUUUUUUUCGUCUUUUCAUCAUGUUUUCACUAUCUAAUUUUUGUGAGAGUUAUCAAAACGAGAAAGUUAUAAACGUCGGAAAGUAUUUUAGCAUUAUGUUAAAAGAAGUUGCAGUUGCGAAAUUCUGUAAACUUAAGUUUGUACCAUCACAUUUUCAAAAAAAAAUACCCAAUCUCUCAAUUCAAAAUAGAAGAUUUUCCAGUAGAAGCCGUCGUUGCAAGGUGAGCGUCGAUGAAAAUAGAGAGAACUAUUCGACGACGCCAACGACGUAUUCCUCGUCUACUCAGUCGACAAGCACGGUGAUAGAAGAAAAAAAGGCGGCUCCAGAAGAAUCGAUGAGUCGGUUCGUCUUCGUUUCCAUUCAAAUUGAACUUAUCAUUGUAAAAAAUUAGAAAUUCGAAAGCUACUUUUUUCCGAUUUUUCUAGAGGUCAAGGGGCUAAAAAUGAGAAUCGAGGUGGGGUAUAAAUAUUUUUUUUUUGCGUUUUUGAAGAAAUGCAUUCUUUGAAAACAUUUUCUUCUCUUCGAAGUUAGAAAAGGAACGAUGAACGUUCAUAGAUAAAGUUUGUAAUCAAAGAAACAAGCAGAUGAUUCCGAAUUUUUUGGUUCAAUUUUUUCUGAAACUCGGACAAUUCAGAGUAUUUGCAACACAAUAGGAAAAAUGAUCAAAAAUAAAACUUUUCUCGAACAAUUUUAAAGUUUUAAAGAUAUAGUUUUACAGGAGUUUGAAACCUGAGAACAUGAAUCCGAAUUUCUUCCAACCUCAGCCGCCCACGAGAAGCAGCUCUGAAGGAAGAACGGAUCUGAUCAUCGACGUCCAGAAUCUCGCGACUAGUAAGGUCGAAAAGUUGACAUUUGAAGAAAACUUCAUUUUUUUGUGAGAAAUCUGUCCUCACCAAGAUGUUUAGUUUGAACUUAAAAAAUUUCUAAAAUUCUAGAUGAUAAGAUCGACUUGUGGAAGUAAUUUAACCCUCAAUGCAAGAAACUCAAGUUUUUAGACUUCAAUUAUCAGAAACUGGCUUGUUUUUCAAGUUCAGAAUUUCAUGACCUUGAAUUAAAUUAAACCUACCUUCUUUGUGAGGAACACUGUCGAUUUUCGUUAUCUGUACUUUUCAGAGACCUGAAGUAACUCUCAUUACUUUGCAGACUAUAAACGCGUUGUUGGGGCAAGAAGGCGUCGUGACGCCGCCCUCGUCGGUCUCUUCAACACAGGACAGUAGCGGCAGAGAGACUUCAGAAGAGAUUCCCCACCUCAGGAGCCCCAGAAACAAGGGCGGCGUCGGCUACGCCGUCAUCAGAAAAAGCACGAAGCUCGUCCAGCUCCCCAACAACAAAACUCCCACUUCUGAGUGAGUUUUUGAUGGUUGCUGAAGCUCAAAAUCUUAGGAAUUUUUCGAACUUCAUUGUUUCCAACUAAUUUUAAUUAUCAAAAAACCAGAACAGAUCACUCUUCAAAACUUGGAACACUCUGAUUUCUCUGCCUCCUCUUUUUUCUUGGAAACGCUCUCGUUUUUACGCCUUUUUUCAUAUUUCUGUGACAUCGCCGGGAAAAGAAAAGAGACGCAGAGAGAUCAGACGGUUUAAAAUAGAGGCGAAUGGACCGUUGGUAGAUUGCAUUUUGAGGAACUUCCCCACUUUUUUUAAAUAUAGCUUUUUUUAAAGAAUUAAAUUGGGAUUAUUUUUCGGAAAAAAAACUUUUUUCGACAAUGCUUUUUUUCUGUGGAAUAAUUUUCGACUUUCAAAUUUGCGAAUUUCGCAAAGAAAUUUACUCUUAAUCGAAUAAUUUUACCUCUUUUUUUGAUUCCAGAAAAAAGUCAAGCGAACCAGAAGUUGAAGCGCCGAGAAAAAAAGUUUCCAUUGGAAAGAAUAUUCUCAGUGAGGUCGGUUUUUCUUUAAAAUGAAAUCCAUAAAGCUUUCUUCCAUCUUUCUACUGAAACGAAAAAUAUUUCUAGCCGCUUUCUCCGUUGGAAUCUCCAGGAAAACUGCAUGUCCCACCCCUGAAAUUGCCUGAAAAGCUUCCGAAACCGCUGGAAAGCCCCAACUACGACAAUGUCACCUUGGGUUAGGAACAGUUUCUCUCUUCCUGAGCUGAAAUAUACUUUUUCAGACGAUUUGCUCGAAGCCAGCACAUCCUGGGCGGAAUAUAUGAGCAAAGAAGUCGGAAAACUGAAUGGUUUUCAUUUUGCUCACCUCUUUUCUCACAAAAAGCUCUUCUUUAGGUUUCCGACCAGAAGAUCGAAGGACAGAGUCGCUUCCUCUGCCACCGCCGCCUUCAAAUUCUCCGUUUGUAGCCGCGACGUCUUCUUCGCCGUCGAAGAAGACACCGAAAAACGCGAAAGAGAAGCGCAAGGGAUGGUUCUUCAGUCGCAGCAAAAGUUGGAAGGUGAAUUUCACGUUUUGUUCGAAAAAAUGGGCCUUGAAAGAGUUUUUCAGAGCUUUAGAAGAAUAUGACAGAAAUUUUGUUACUUUUGAAAGAAGGAAUUUGGUUUUCAAAGAAACGUUCGUAACUUGAAAAGAAGUUAUCAGAGGUUAUUGUUAAUCUCAAAAGUAAGUAUAUUUACUGUUUUCUCCGCAUUAUUAAGUUUUAAUAAUUUUUUUCGAAAUACUUCUGAUCUUGAUUAAGAACUCUUUUUCUGGUUGAGACUAUUUUUUUCUGUUUCAUGAAGUUAUAGUCAUAAUUUUCGUAAAACUAAUAAGGUAAAUGACCUUGUUAUUGCAGAUCCAAAAAAAAUUAAUUGAAAAUCAAAUCAUUAUGCCUUUCACGGCUAGGUUGGUAGAAGAAACUCAAUACUACUAUCCUUGAAACAAUGUCCCAAGACGGUGAAUGACUAUUUCCUCAGACCUGCACGACUUAUGAAAUCUCUGCAAGAUGGCAUUUAUAUUCAUUUUUCAGGAGACGACGUCGUUAACUGAAGAAGAACCGCUGGUUAGAAUUUGCGGAACGGACCGACGUGAACAGUCGGAGACGUCGCCCGAGAUUCUGUGGAGGAAAAUCAGUCAUCAGGUGAUAAAAGGUCGCGAGAAGAGGUUUGAAAACUUCCACGACCCUCUCCACGUCUUCUUCAGUUGGGCCGAGGAGCCGACUAUCUCGCCGAAACGGAUGGUCUGUUGUCGACAUCCCGGAAGGAGUCCCGACCUUCUGAGGAAACAGAAUGUCUCAACUGGCUCCGAGAGGAUGAUGCAGGUCCCGCAGUCGCCGAAGGACGUCAAGGGCCGUCGAAUGGCCCAUCACACCUACGUCACCAACUCCAAAUCUGUCGAAAACCUGACAAAAGUUGUACUCCUUUCUCGUCCGAAAUCAACCAUUUGAUUGAAGAUGCCUCCAGAGUCCUUAAUCGAGCCGAUGAGCCGUUCCUUUCACGAAAACCUUCGUGAUGCGCCUGUCCUCGACGACCAGAACGCGAUAACUCUCCGGUUUCGACGAUAUCGCCUCACAGCUACACCUGAAACCACUGUUUGA